AUAGUAUAGCUUUAAAAGUGGCAGAUACUUUCCGUUCAAUGUCAAAUUUAUAUGUUUAAAUUAUUUAGUUCUUGUGAGCUGUUUUGUUGUUUUUGUUGUCUGCUGUAAAUGUUUGUUACCAAGGAGUGAUAUCCAUGUUCAUUGACCCUUUGGAGCUUCGGCUACCAUGAAAGCCAGCUACCAAAACUAUCACAUAUAUAAGAAAGCCCGUCGAAAAUUUGCUUUUCAAUCGUAUUUGCUGUUGUGUGUAUGGCUUUUACUGGGUAUAAUACAAUGGUGCGUUGUCUGCCUUACUGAUCCCAUAAGAGAAGUUUUCUAUGACCAUUAUCAAGUAUGCAUUAUCACAUUUGCUGUAGCGCUUCUGCUUUUUUACUUGUAUGUAUAUUAUGAGAAGCUACGAUUUAACAAUGGUCUUAACUAUCUGAUCAGUGUAUUAAUUAUUGAGCUGCAAAUAAUAUCGCUUUUCGCAUUGGUUGCACGAGUAUAUUGGCCCGAUCUGAUAUUCUUUUUUGCAUUAUGUGUUCUUUUAUUGUUUAUGGCUAUAUUUAUUAGCUCUAUACUUCCAAGGCGGAUUGAUUUAACCAUUGAUGUGGCACUGCUAUUCAUUUGCGCUUUCUUUAGCAUUUUGGGUGCAAUCUUUUUUCUGAUGUGUCGAUUUGUCAUAACACAAAAACAUUCUGGAACAAAAACUUUUUUCAUUUUUGAAUCAUUAAUUUCUUUAAUGUUUCUCAUGUUUGUCAUGUAUCAUGCUCAAACCAUUAAUGGAAGCCGAUUUGCGGAGAUGCGACUCAAUGAUUUCUUGCUGGCAUCACUAAUUCUGUUUCAUGACUUUCUUAUCAUUUACUGGCUAACAUUCUACUGGCAAUUUCACAAUAAACCCUUGACGCCUGAUAAUAUUUUAAGACAAACGACGGAUCGUACCACAACAACAGUUAACGAGGAAAAAACACAUGCAGAGGGUAGUGAAGACGAUGUUACAGUAACGGACGACUAUUACGAUGCAACUGAUGAAUCCCUAUAUGAAAAUAGCGAAGAAAAUACUGUAACAUCUGAUGUUUAUAGCAAUGCAGAUUCUAGUACCGAAGCAGAAAUGUCAUCUGAUGACGAGUAUUUUUACAGUAGUGAAACUUCUUCGGCAACAACAGACGAUUAUGUUGACUAUAGUUAUGAUGCAUCUUCUGAUGAUGCCAGUGUUGAAGAGUCUAGUGAGGUUGCUAUAACAAACAAUUCUAGUGCAACAGAUACAAUAUCUUUUCCAGAAACUGGUAACGAUACCAAUAAUGUUUCUGCGGAAACAGACGACUCCGGUGCUACAUUUACAGGAACUUUUCCAGCAACUGCAAUUUCUUCUGAUGACGGUUCUAUUGAAACUAAUUUUACAACAAUCGAUUCCGAUGCUGCAAUUUCAGAAUCUUUUGCUACAACUACAAUGCCUUCCGAUUACGAUCAGGUUUCUGUUGCAACAAAAGUCGAUUCUGAAACUGCAACAACAGAAUCUAUUGAUUCAACUGCAAUAUCUUCUGGGGACGAUGUCAGUUAAGCCAUUCCUGUAGACUUUAAUUGAAAAUGCAGAUUGUCAUGUGCCAAAAUUAAAUUCCGGAAAUUCCAAGUCCAUUAUAAUGGUUUUUAUACUGAGAGCAUUUAAUUCAAUAAAAAUCUAAAAAGAAGGCGUGUUCGUUGGUUAACCCAUAUGGAAUCAUCCAAAUCCAAUCUUUGAAAUGAGCGAGAACGAUUUGGAAACUUGUGCAGAAAAUGGUAAAAACUGUCAAAUGUUUAUUAACAUUAA